CUAAGCGACGCAAUGGGACAAGGCGACGAGAACGAUCGUAUUGUGAUUAACGUGGGAGGUAUCAGACACCAGACCUACCGUAGCACCCUUCGUACAUUACCGGGCACCCGGUUAGCUUGGCUCGCCGAGCCCGAUGCCCACAGUCACUUUGACUAUGAUCCCAAGAUUGAAGAAUUUUUCUUUGACCGGCACCCGGGUGUGUUUGCCCACAUCCUCAAUUACUAUAGGACCGGGAAGUUGCACUGCCCUGCAGAUGUUUGCGGCCCGUUGUACGAGGAGGAGUUGGCAUUUUGGGGUAUCGAUGAGACUGACGUGGAACCAUGUUGUUGGAUGACUUAUCGGCAACAUCGAGAGGCCGAGGAGGCAUUGGAUAGUUUUGGGGGUGGGCCCCCCGAGAAUUCAGAGGAGGAUGGGGAUGAGGAAACGCUGGGAAUGAUCAAUAGGUUGGCUCUUGAUGGACCAGAUGCCAAAUCCGGGGGGCAUUGGCGACGUUGGCAGCGGUUGCUUUGGGCACUCUUCGAGGAUCCCUAUUCUUCUAAAUAUGCAAGGUGGAUAGCCUUUGCCUCCCUGUUCUUCAUCCUGGUUUCCAUCACCACCUUCUGCCUGGAGACACAUGAGGCCUUCAACCCCAUCAUCAACCGGACGGAAAUUGACCCGCUGGACAACAGCACGCGGGUCUACCAGGAGACUGAGACCGUGGUCUUCCUCACCUAUAUAGAGGGGGUCUGUGUGCUGUGGUUUACAUUUGAGUUCAUAAUGCGAGUGACAUUCUGUCCGAGCAAGCUGGAGUUUUUCCGUAACACCCUCAACAUCAUCGACUUUAUUGCCAUCAUGCCCUUCUACCUGGAGGUGGGGCUGAGUGGGCUCUCUUCCAAGGCGGCUAAGGAUGUACUGGGUUUCCUACGUGUGGUACGCUUUGUCCGGAUCCUCCGGAUCUUUAAGCUGACUCGGCACUUUGUGGGACUGCGUGUCCUGGGUCAUACACUCCGAGCCAGCACCAAUGAGUUCCUGCUCCUCAUCAUCUUCCUCGCCCUGGGUGUGCUCAUUUUCGCCACUAUGAUCUACUAUGCUGAAAGGAUUGGUGCCAAGCCCAAUGAUCCCCGAGCCAGCGAGCACACACACUUCAAGAACAUUCCUAUUGGAUUCUGGUGGGCGGUGGUGACCAUGACAACCCUUGGCUAUGGAGACAUGUACCCUCAGACAUGGUCUGGCAUGCUGGUGGGAGCCCUGUGUGCUCUGGCUGGUGUGCUGACUAUCGCCAUGCCAGUGCCUGUUAUUGUCAAUAACUUUGGGAUGUAUUACUCCCUGGCGAUGGCCAAGCAGAAGUUACCAAAGAAAAAGAACAAGCAUAUCCCCCGCGCCCCACUUCUGGGCUCCCCCAAUUACUGUAGGUCGGAGGUAACCUCACCUCACCACAGCACGCAGGACGACACAUGGCCCCUGGCCCCACAAGAACCACCAGAAGAGAUCUUAGAAAUAAACAGAGCAGCUCCACAAGCUGUUUUUCAAGAUCCCAAAGUGAACGGGGAAACGUCCAAGGAGUCAGCCAAGAGAGCAGCCAAGGAGUUAGCCAAGGAGUCAGCCAAGGAGUCAGCCAAGGAUUCAGCUAAGGAGUCAGCCAAGGAGUCAGCCAAGGAGGCAGAAAAAGCAGCACUGGCCAAUGAAGACUGUCCCCACAUAGACCAGAUCAUGUCACCUGACGACGGACAGAUCUUAAGCCCUAUUGACCGGUCCGAGCAGCAGCCCUGCUUCCUGCUGGCCAUGGGCGGGCGGCCAGGCCACACGGCGGCCAGAGUCAGGAAGGGUACGUAA